GCGCGUGUUAGAUCAUCGUGAUCGACGUGCAUUUUCACCACCAUGGAGACGGUCACCUCCUCGUGGACCACGUCUUCCUGGUCCUGAAAGAAGAGAUGUAAUGCCCUUCACGGCACGUCGGUCUCCACCACCCAAUGCUAAAUUGGAUAUGACUUCGGAAGAGAGAGAUCAACGUACAGUUUUCAUCCUUCAAAUUGCUCGCCAGACAAGGCCGCGUGAUCUCGAAGAAUUUUUCUCAAGUGUGGGCCAUGUUCGAGAUGUUAGAAUUAUUACUGAUUCAAAAACUCGGCGCUCAAAGGGCAUUUGUUAUGUUGAAUUCUGGGAAAUCGAAAGCGUAAAUUUGGCUCUCGGUUUAAAUGGACAAAAGUUACUAGGCGCUCCCUUAGUGAUACAGCCAACUUUGGCUGAAAGAAAUCGUGCAGCGAAUACUACAGUUGGUAGCACUCUUGGUUUCGGCCCCACAGCUACAUCAGGUCCUUUGAAACUGUAUGUUGGACAAUUGCAUACUAGUAUCACAGAAGACAUGCUAACUCGUAUAUUUGAUCCUUUUGGCAAGAAUCUCGAAAUCGCCACAGAUUUAAGUGGAAUAUCAAAAGGAUACGCAUACGUCACCUUUCGUCAUGGAGAUGAUGCUAAACGUGCAAUGGAACAAAUGAACGGUUUCGAAUUAGCUGGACGAGCUAUGAAGGUAUUUUUUUGCAUUUUAAUAAUUUCAUAUUAUUUUUUUCUAUUGAAUUAUGAACCUCCUCCCCAAAUUCCCCAGCGAACUCUUGACACUGAUGAUGCUGACAGAAGAGGGAUAGAUCUUGGAACUAACGGUCGACUUCAUCUUAUGGCUAAACUGGCUAAAGGUACUGGUUUGGAAUUACCUGAAAGCGCAAAGCAGAUGUUAAAUCAGAGUCAGCAGAGUCACGACAUCGUUGGUCAAAAUAUUCCUUCUAUUGCCACACAAUGCUUUAUGUUGUCAAACAUGUUUGAUCCUUCUCAAGAGACUGGGGAAAAUUGGGCUGAUGAAGUAAGAGAUGAUGUUAUUGAUGAAUGCGCCAAAAAUGGAGGUGUUCUUCACAUAUUUGUUGAUAAAGCUUCUCCAGCAGGCAAUGUUUAUGUCAAAUGUCCAUCCAUUGUGGCCUCAUAUAAAUCUGUAAAUGCACUGCAUGGACGGUGGUUUUCAGGUAAAGUUAUCACCGCGAAUUAUGUACCCUUGGCAAGUUACUCACAGUUGUUUCCUGAUUCAUUAUUAGCCAAAGAACCAAUAUUAUCAGCAGGAAGGGCAAAUAUCUCUUGA